AUGGGAGACAAGGGAAGCAUGGCGGCCGAAAUCCAGCAGGUCAUUGAACAAUACAACAAAAAUGAUCCUGCGAGUUGGAUGCGACUGGAAGAUGCCCUGGAAAAGGUGCGUCGGGAGUUGGUGCCUCCUCACAUAUUUACGAUGAAACAGCGACUCCAGACAGUGAACAAUGUUUGCAUUGUAGUAGCGCUUGAGAUGGGCUUGCUCCAGACCUUGACUGCCAACCAAGGCAAGAGCCUGACUGUCGAGGACUUGUCUAAGGCCUCCGGGUACAACGCCGGCCUCAUUGCUCGAGUCAUGCGUAUCAUAACCGCCAUCGGCUUCGCAAACGAGACCGCGUAUCAGACUUACUCUGCAAAUGGUUGCACCUUGGCUCAAAAUAGCCCAGGGGGUAUCGGAGGCAUUAUUAUCUCCAAUGACAUUGUCUUCCCAGUUGCAAGCCGAAUCCGGCAAUAUCUUCGACAAAACAAACCUGUUGAUAUCAGCAAAGCGCCCCCAGCAUACGAAUUCGCGUUGGGGGAGACCAUAUGGCAAACCCUUUCGAAAAAUAACGAAUGGAAAACAGGCUUUGAUGACAACAUGACUGCUCGAAACAAAACACUCUCUAUCCCAUGGCAUGUGAAAUAUCCUGUUAUGGAGAAAUUGACUGCAUGGUCGCUGUCUACAAAGCCGAUUAUUGUUGAUGUCGGUGGUAAUCAGGGGGUGGAUCUACAGCGUUUUGCGGAUACAUUCCCUGACCUAGAAUGCGAACUGAUCUUGCAGGACCUACCGGAGACAAUAGCCGGAAUUCCAGGAGAGCUUGACCCCAGAAUCAGGCCAACUGCGCAUGAUUUCUUUACGGAGCAGACUACUAAGGGGGCUCAUAUAUACUACCUCAAAUCUAUCCUGCACGACUGGGACGAUGUCGCCUCCCGCAAGAUCCUAUCCAAUAUUGCGAAAGUCAUGCAACCUCAUUCUCGUCUCCUUAUCAACGAGAUGAUCCUAGCCGAUCUGAAUGAGUCAAUGAUCAGGAGUAAUAUGGAUAUGCUUAUGCUAUUCUUUACUAAUGGGAUGGAGCGCACUCAGACACAAUGGAAUGAGUUGCUGGCCACGGUGGAACCACCUCUCGAGAUCGUCCAGGUUUAUUCAGCUCAGGGGGAUCAACAAUGUGUCAUUGAAACCUGUCUGGCACAGUAG